GCGCGCAGGGGCGCGGGCCCCCGCCGGGCGCACAACGGCACCAUGGGCACGGUGCUGUCGCUGUCCCCCAGCUACCGGAAGGCCACGCUAUUUGAGGAUGGCGCGGCCACGGUGGGCCACUACACGGCCGUGCAGAACAGCAAGAACGCCAAGGACAAGAACCUGAAGCGGCACUCCAUCAUCUCCGCGCUCCCGUGGAAGCGGAUCGUGGCCGUGUCGGCCAAGAAGAAGAACUCCAAGAAGGUGCAGCCCCACAGCAGCUACCAGAACAACAUCACGCACCUCAAUAACGAGAACCUGAAGAAGUCGCUGUCGUGCGCCAACCUGUCCACGUUCGCCCAUCCCCCGCCGGCCCAGCCACCUGCACCCCCUGCCAGCCAGCUCUCGGGCUCCCAGAGCGGGGUCUCCUCGUCCGUCAAGAAGGCCCCGCACCCCGCCGUCAGCUCCGCGGGUACGCCCAAGCGAGUGAUCGUCCAGGCGUCCACCAGCGAGCUGCUGCGCUGCCUGGGCGAGUUCCUGUGUCGCCGGUGCUACCGCCUGAAGCACCUGUCCCCCACGGACCCCGUGCUCUGGCUGCGCAGCGUGGACCGCUCGCUGCUUCUGCAGGGCUGGCAGGACCAGGGCUUCAUCACGCCGGCCAACGUGGUCUUCCUGUACAUGCUGUGCCGGGAUGUGAUCUCCUCCGAGGUGGGCUCGGACCACGAGCUCCAGGCCGUCCUGCUGACCUGCCUGUACCUCUCCUACUCCUACAUGGGCAACGAGAUCUCCUACCCGCUCAAGCCCUUCCUGGUGGAGAGCUGCAAGGAGGCCUUCUGGGACCGCUGCCUCUCCGUCAUCAACCUCAUGAGCUCCAAGAUGCUGCAGAUCAAUGCGGACCCGCACUACUUCACGCAGGUGUUCUCGGACCUGAAGAACGAGAGCGGCCAGGAGGACAAGAAACGCCUCCUGCUGGGGCUGGAUCGGUGAGCCCCCGGGGCCUGCGUCCCGGCUCAAGGAUUCGAUGCAUUUUCUAAAAGAUUUCUUAUCAAACAAAUCCGUUUUGUGUACAGUAUGUGUCUAGCAAAGCCACCAAGGGCAUCCCCCUCCCUACUUUCUCUCCUCGGGCCAUUUUUUUUCCAGCCCUGUGAAGAACUCCCAGGGCCCUUCGGAACCGGAACCUGGAGCAAGCAAAGCCCGGGAGGUGGGCGCCUCAGAUCACCCCCCCCCACCCCCACUCCCCCUGCCGCUGAACUCUCUUCUGACUUGGGGGAACUCAAAAGGACUGACCCACUUCCGCCACCCGUGCCCUUGAGGAAACCAGGGUGGGUCAGGUCAUCUCGUGGGAGACCCCGGCCUGGCCCCUGUGUUGGGUGGUCCCAGAGCCCCGCCUGAGCAGGACGUGGCGCCGAGGCCAGGCGGCACCCCCAGGAGCAGGCUGGUCUGGUGCAGAGGGGGUACUCUGGGGGUUGACCCUGUUCAGCCCUGGCGUUCUUUCUCUGUUUUUAGGGAGAAGGCCGUCCCUUUAGUGGAAGCGGCCCCCACCGAGCUGUGAGCGGCCCCUGGCAGGCAGGGUUGCCAGCGUGCUGGCUGAUGAUGAGCUGGUGCGACUCUUAAGCUCUUCCCUGUUGGGUCCCAGCCGAAGGGGUGGGGUAACGACAGCUCCCCGUCCUGGGUGAACCAGUCAUUUGAAUCAUGCAGCCUAGUUGCCCUGUGAUGACUGCUCAGACGGUGGCAGUGCCCAAGUGGCCAGAACCAGGUGAGGCGGGGGUGCCCUGCCUGAGGCCUGGCUGCUGCCCACCGGGGGCUCAGGCCCUUUUGUGGACUGGUGCACAUGGCCUUGGUCCUGCAGAGCUGAGGGAAGGGGGCGAUGACAGGAACGGGGUGACGUGAUAAUGAUGUGCCCCCCCCCCCCUAAUUUAAAACUGUCUCCAUCUCUUCAGAAAGGGAGGCCCGAAACCCUCUGGGUCGGGCCUCCCUGCGGCUCCAGGUUGCUUUGGAAGCUGCUGAGUGGACCACUGGGUGCCCGCAGCUGCUGGCUCUGGUGCCCCCCUUCCCCCACUGGCUGUGAAAACAUGCUGAGCUGCUGUAUGGAUUUUCUUAACAGUCCCCCCAGAUGGGUGGCGGCUCGGGGCUUGGGGGAGGGCUGAGAGAGAGGGAGCCAGCCUUCUUCCGUGGCUCUGGGGAACAAUGAUGCCACCCUGAGAAUUCGUUCUCCCAGCCCGGCCACAUGGCAGUGCCCAAGGAAGGCUGUCUGAAGGAGGAGGGUUGUGGGGGGCCGUGGCCGCCAGGUUCUGCACAGCUCUACUGAAGUCCACGGAAAGGAAGACCCUGCUGAAGCCUGGAGAACAGAUGAACCUGCCAGCCCGCGGGGUCCCCGGAGAUGGGGAUGAGGGCCUACCUGGCUGAGCGAGCAUCUACCCUAACUCCAAGAGGCCACCUGAGCCGCCCCCUGGACUGCUGUCUUGGCACGCAGGGCAGGAGGGAACCCUUGGCCCAUGGCUGAGACGGGCGCCUCUUCCCUGCUGGAGCCGUCACAUCGCCUGUCUGUCCAGCUCCUGCCGCCACGUGUGACUCAGGUGGGAGGCCGUAGGGGCGAGGCCGCGUGGCGGGAGGAGGGUGGGAGCCCAGCCUUCAGCGUGAGCUGCAGUCUCGCAGUGGGCGGCUGGACCUGGCCGGAGCCUGUGUGGUCAAGUCACCCUGCAGGGCUUCAGUUUCCGUCUGUUUCCUUCUCUCUCUCUCUCUAGGUAUUUAUUUAUUAUUUUUUGGUUUGGGGGAGGGGUGCACAUUUCAGGAGUGGUCGGGGACUAAGGCAAAGGGCUGUCCUAUCCCACCCCCGUGGAGCCUGCGGCUGCCCUUCCCGGCCGGCCGGCCGGCCCUGGCGUCAGUAUUGUGUGAAGAACCACUGGUUUCUCGAGUGUGCGAGCCUCGAACCCACUGGACGUGCUGCUACGAGACUACUUUUUGACAACACCACAAAGGAAGGAGAACACUGACCUACAGAAACAAGAACCUUCUUUAUUCUUUAACUGUUGCUUUUACAGUGAUAUCGUGCAUGCAAACCCGGAGCAUUUUGUGUCUUUAAAAACACACACUCAUCUUAGAGCAGAUGGCUGUGGAAACAGCGCCCAUGCACAGAAACCAGUCGCAGGAAGCACCACCGCCUGGGACUUGGUUUCUCUCUCCUCUUGUGAACCUGAAGGGUUGAUAGAUUCUUUCCAUGCCGUUAUUAGGAUUUAGUUUUGUUCCAACGGGUGUUAAACUUGCAAUGAAAAGAAAACGUGCCAUUCUCUCAUCUUUUCAGCCCCCCUCUUUCCUCCUACCCCCUUGGCAUUAUUCCUAGCCGUGUAUCUGAGACUGCUAAUCCAUGUGCGAUGUGUGUUGGUUUUAUAGUGCAAUUUCUUCUCUAGCGAUUCUUUGACCAAACUGUGGGUACUGUUAACAUUAAUUUAUAUUUGUCUCCUCUUGUAUGUGUGUGUAGUGUGUUUGUGAGGAUGUGUGAUUUAUAAUCUGACCGCGUCAUGGGGCUCGGUUUGGCUGUAAUUUAACCCCCCUCCCUGAUUUUUAUUUAUUUUUGUACCGUGCUGAUUAAAUAAAACGCACUGACCAUCCGUG